AUGUCUAAACAAAAGAAUACCAAAUCAUCAACCCAAUGGUUCGACAAUGCACAAGUGAGUAUUCUUGAAGAAGUCAUCAGACAAAAUGAUGGCAAACCUUUCACUAUUCAAGAGACGGAAACUGCCCACGAACAAAUGAAACUCUUAUCAACGAGUGCAGACACGAAGGGAAUUAAAUUCAGCUCUACAGCCUUGCACUAUCAAUAUUAUCAUAGUAAAUUCAAGAAGAGAGCCUUGCUGAUGUAUAACGUACUGAGUGGAUUGUGGAGAGUGGAGAGUGUGACAGCACUGAGGAAAAAACAGGAAUAUAAUGAAAAGACAAUUUUGGAUAAGUUUAACAAGUUGGUGAAUGAUAAAAAGAAGAGUAAGAAGGAGUAUAAUGCGAGUGAAUUUUCUGAAUUAAUGACCUAUUCAUUAGUAUUAUCAUCGAGUUGUAAUGAGUUAAUUGUGGAUAAGACUGCUGAUGAGGAAGAUGUAUAUCAUGAUGAAUAUUACACAAACGAGGAAGUUUCAACAAAUACACACAAACAACAACCAGUUAUUAUUCCUAGAGAAUUCACAAUAGAGAAAAUUGACUUGAAAAAGAGAUUUCUUAGAGUUGCUUCGAUUGGUGGUGGACCUGGAAAUGAUUCUGCUGCAUUUGUGGUUUUGAGAGAAAGUAUGUUGAACAAAAUAUUCGAGAAGGGAAGUGAAAUAUCAUGUGAUUUGUAUGAUUUGGAAAAGAAUUGGAAAAAUUAUCUUCCUCGUUUACAGGAGCUCACCAAAGAUAGUUUGAGGUUGGAUUUCAACAGAUGUGACGUGACAAAAGGAUUGGAAAAUUCUCUGAAUAGAGCUCUCAAAGAUAGAGUUCAACACUAUGAUAUUUUCCUUUUCAGUUAUGUUUGCAAUGAAACAUCACAUCUCACAAAACAAGCUGAUGGAAUCUUUUUCAGAGAAUUAUUUACCAAUGCAAAACCUUACUCAAUGUUUGUUUUUACAGAUGUGAUUGAAUAUGCUAAAAAGGCUCUUUUAUAUGUGGAGAGUGUUGCCAAAUCAGUGGGUGACAACUUCAUAUCCUUCCAUCCUCAAUCUAAUCAAGCUCAGGUCAUGGCAAUAAUAAAAUACUAA